CCCAAUCAUUUUUCACUCCGAUUUUCCAUUUCUUCGGUGGCUAAAAGUUAGGGUUUGCGUUAGGGUUUCACAGAACCUCGAAUCUUAUCUGCAAAGGAACAAUGGCAAUGAGGAACUUCUACAACGAGAUCAGAGGCUUGAAGGUGAAGGAACUCCCUGCACACGUCAAGCCCAUGUUCACAAUCGACUACAUCAAGAAAUCGAUCAACAAAGGGUUGGAUAACUACCAUGCCAAGUACAUCCAGACUAGCUCCAUUGACCCUCUCUUGCAUAUCUGCUACGGUGGCAUAAUCUUCUCCUACCUCGUCGCUCUUCCCGAGGAACGCCGCCAUCUCGAGCAUCAGCAGCACGCCAAAGAGCACGGCGGAUCCGGACAUUGAUCUGAUCUGGUGUGGGUUCAGAAAUAAUGAGCCUCCUGGAGAUCGGUUUGGUGACAAUUGGUGUUCUUUUUGUUUUCUGGUUUUAAUCUCUAGAUACUAUGGACAGGAAGAUGCCUUGUGUUGUUUAACACAUGGCAGCAAUCGAUGAUGGAAUAAAGCCCUGGGUCACCAUGAGCAUUGUACCUUUUUUUUCCUUUAUGAUACUGCUGUCCAAUGAUUGGCAACAGGAAAAGACCGUUUGUUUUAUUUGAAUUCUAAGUUCUGCUGAUGAAUGAAGAUGUCAUAUUCACAUGAAA